AUGGCACCCGGUUCGGUUCCAACCGAAUUGGAUUUCCUGCGUUUCUCGAGCCGGUACGGUGAGCCUGCCGCAGCUGGUAUGCGUCAAGAAAACAGUGCAACGCAGCGCAUCCGAUUCGCCUCGGAAAGUGUGUCGCUGCACCACCCAGCAACGCAAUCAGCAGCAGCAGCCCUCGCGCUGCCCGCGGCCCUGCUCGCCAUCUCCGGCGCCUCCUACCCCUCCUCUUCAAACAGCAGCAGCUGCUGCGAGUCCUUGGCGUCCUCCACAGUCCAACGCGCCGCGCGCCGGCCGGUGCACUUCCUUGCACUGUUCUAUAUGCCAGCAGUCGACAAUUCGCGUGCUUCGCCCGUCCUCCUCGUGCUCUCUUUCCUCCUUGCGCUGCCCUUGCUCCUCGUCGCGGACCAGGCGUGCCGAGCCGCCCUGCGCGCCACCAGCAUCCGCACUGGCGCAGCUUCCGCAGUCCCCUCCCUGCUACAGCAGCAGCAGCGCGAGGAAAAGGACAAUAUCAAGGCAUGGGAAGCAGAGCUCGACCUGGAGAUCCGCCUUGCAGCUGCAUCAGCAACCCAAGCAGGAGGCCACGGCGCGAGCUUGCAUUCGCUGCGCCGCCUACUAUCCGCAAGCAAUGGCGCAGUAGCCGCAGCCGUCCGACGCACACAGGCAGCCGUCCAAAGCGCUUGGAAAGCCAGUGCAGCAGUGCGCACUAGCUCGCCUCUCUUUGCGGCUGCUACCGCCAUUGGUAAUGGCGAAGAGCAAGAAGAGCAGCAGCGGUGGCACGAACCCCUCUCUCGCGCCGCGUCGAUCACCGCUCUCGGACGCGCCCUAGCCGUCCUCUCCUUCCUCGAAGCGCGCGGCACUAACAUGCCGACCGCACUCCGCGGCCGCCCGUCUGCAGCAGCGACUCUGCUCGCUCCUCCGGCCGCGCGUAGAUCUUAUAUCAACUAUUGCCGUUCUAGGAGGAGCAGCCGCAGUAUCUUUGCGCGCCUCCCCACGUACGACCUGACGCCAGCCAUGAUGGCGUCCGCACAGUUCCCCCCAGAGGUUAAGCUGCGGAUCCUCGGCGAGCUCGCCUCGCCGCUGUGCGGGCGCUCGCCGCUUACCGUGCUGCUCCUCUCGCGCGCGCACCUCGCCCACUUCCGGCCCAAGCUGUACUUCGCCAUCACGCUCAGCAACGAUGUGGCGUUGCGCAAGCUCCGUGCGACGCUCGCGCUGCACAACCCGGCGCUCGGCGCGCUCGUACGCAGCCUUCAGGUCGGCCACAUCGCAUCGGACGCAUACGACGCCGAGGGAUACCUGCCGCACCAGACCGUCGCGGACACGCUGCCGCUCUCGACGGCCCUCGAGCAGAUCCUCCUCGCCGUACCUGGCGCGCUCCAUGACCUCUCCCUUGACCUGUUCAGCCUCGCAGCGCUCAACUCGGCCGGGACCGCGUCGCGCCUCAAAAAUGGCGCCCUCCCGUGCCGCCUGGCGACCGAGCUGUGCGCGCCGGCCUACUUCGCGCUCCCGACGUUCCAGGCAGUCGAGCAACUGCAGCUUCUCGCGUUCGGAAUCGAUGCGCACACUGCACAGCAGCUUCGCACAACCCUCCCGCGCUGUCAACAUCUCACGCUCCGCUGGGUCAGCAGGCGUGCCGCCGCCGAGGCUUGGGACGAGGAAGAAGAAUACGACGAUGACGAUGAUGAUGAAGGAGCCCACAAAGCGCGCAUCACGUCGCCCAUCCGAAGGCAGUGGGAAUCCGACUUCGCCAACUUUGUCUCUGCAGUCCAGCUCCUGCGCUAUUGGCCGCACGCAGCGCCGCCGCUGCCUCACCACCUGCAACACCUCACCGCCGCCGCCACCGCGCUCGGCGGAAACACCAGCGACGACGCACACUUUGGUCCACCUCCCCUCGUUGCGGUCCCCCAUACGAUGGGCCAGCAGCAGCAGCAUGGGGAGACGAAUUGCAAGCGGCUCGAGCAGCUCGUCGUCCGCGCCUGGCCCAGCGCCGCGCGCAAGUUGCUGCAGGCAUUUCCAGACGCGCAACUCUUGCGCACCGCCGGCGACGAGAAUGUCGUGGCAGCCGUACCCGAUCGUGCGCACGCGCCAGCGCCAGUGCCGGCGCCGCUGUACAUUGGCCUCGAUGAGAGCUGGCGGAAGGGAACGCGCAGAGGUCCAGCGCAGGAGUGGUACGAGGAUCGCAUGGCUCGCAUCUGGGCUUGA